AUGCCCCCAAAAUAUAUUCAGAUCACCCCACUGCCCCCCCCCACGAUCUCCUCUCCUCCCGUCUGGAUCGAGAUCAGGGCAGCGAGCCCCGACCACCUCGCCGUGGCCCCUCGCCACCUCACAGGCGCCCGCCUCUCCGUCUCCUCCCGCACGGCGCGCCCCGACCCUGCGCCUGCCCCAGACGCCGUCGCCUCCCCGAUCCCGUCGCCGGACUGCCCCGCCCCGCCUCUCCAUUGUCGGUCGUCGCCUCAUCCUCACCCGCCGUCGCCGGACCGCCCCCGUGCUCCCCGAGCCCACUGCCACCUCCCUACAGCUCCCUGUGAGCCCCUCCUCCGUUUUCCCCUUCCUCUUUGCUCCCGUCGCCGUAGACGUCGUGUUCCGCCGCUGCCGGAUCUCGUGCAAGCCCGCGCUCACCGCGCCAUCCCGCAUGCCCUCCCGGCGCUGUCGCCUGUCUUCGGCUGCCGCGCCGCUCCGCCCGUGCAGCGCCCGGCCGCGUCCGGCGCCCGACCGCGCGCCAACCAUGCUUGGGCGUGCCCCGCCGCUCGCAUCCCACGCUAUCGCCGCUCGCAUCCCACGCCGUCGCCGCUGCGGUCCCCUGCUCGCACCUGGCCGCGUUCCUCUGCAGCCCCGCUCGCCGGCAGUCGCGCCCCGACCGCCCCUCCUCGCUCGGUUUGCCCCCUCUCUCGCAGUGGCCGCCGGCGGCGGCUGCUGCCGCCCCCGCCCGUGCUAGCCCGUGGCUCGACCACUGCCAGCCGCGCCCUCGUCGUGUCGUGCGCCUGGCGGCCUCCCUGGUGA